GUAUUAAUAUGUGUACUUCAAUUAAAAAUAAGGAAAAUGAUACAUGUAAAGAAGUAUUCGCAGUGUCAAGGAAAGUAUCGAAGGAUUGUUUGAAAUGGCUAUUCAUCCAGAUACAUGUGAUAUUUGACUUCUUAGUCGACUUAUUUUUUGGGCUUUACUAUGAUAGUAAAGCACGAAAAGUUCCAUCAGUGAAAAAUGAUUUGCUGCUAAUGAGUGCAACACAGUUGGCUGAUAAAAUCAGGACAAAACAAUUAUCAUCCGUAGAAGUUGUCACAGCAUUUAUAGAAAGAGCCAAUGAAGUGAAUGAAAUAAUACAUGCUGUGGUAGAAGAUAGAUACUCUGAUGCUUUGGAGGAAGCGAAAGAAGUAGACAAAUUUCUGCAAAAUGUAGAAGAUAUUGAUGCAAUUAAGAAAGAGAAACCUUUCUUAGGUGUUCCUUUUACGACAAAAGAUAGUAAUGAAGCCAAAGGUAUGCUUCAUACGAUGGGUUUAAUAAACAGACGUGAUUAUCGCUCUAAAGAAGAUGCAACGGUAGUUCGUUUAGUUAAAAAUGCUGGGGGCAUUUUAAUAGCAAAAACAAAUAUACCUGAGCUGAAUUUGUGGACCGAAUCAAGAAACAAUAUAUAUGGACAAACUUGUAAUCCAUAUAAUACUACUAGGAACGUUGGUGGAAGUAGCGGUGGGGAAGGAGCAAUAACUGCUGCUUGCGGAACUGCAAUAUCUAUUGGUAGCGAUAUUGGUGGUUCUACUCGGAUGCCAGCUUUCUUUAAUGGAGUCUUUGGACACAAACCAACUGAAGGUUUAACGCCAGUAAAAGGUGUUGGACUGCGACAAACGGACUAUCCUAAUUCGAUGGCAGAAGCAGGUCCUAUAUGUAAGAAAGCAGAAGAUUUAGCACCUUUUCUAAAGGUUUUAAUCGGCGAAAAAGUGUCUCUUUUACACCUUGAUACACCAGUGGAUGUAAAAAAGCUUAAUGUAUUUUAUCAAAAAAGCUCAGGUGAUUUGAGAGCAAGUAAAGUAAAUUCUGAGAUGAAGUGUGCCCUUCGAAAAGCUGUACAUCAUUUUAAGGAAAUUACUGGAUCUGCAACAAAAAUAAAAAUACCUGGAUCUGAAUAUAGUUAUCGUUUGUGGAGGUUUUGGAUGUCCCAAGAAAAUCUAGAUUUCAAAUUAAGUAUUACAAACGAGAAGUACCGUGCAAAAGCCAUCACAGAAUUUUCAAAAUUCCUAACUGGUAAAUCUGAAUUAACAUUCGCAGCGAUUAUGAAAUUAAUUGAUGAAGACUUAUUGCCGAAAGACGAUCCUGAAUGGGCAAUGAAUAUAACUGCCAACAUGAAAAAGUACUUGUUGGACAAAUUGGGGAACAAUGGAGUAUUACUUUAUCCAUCUUCACCUUUUCCUGCUGGUUAUCACUAUACAGCUUACUUCAGACCCUUUAAUUUUGGUUACUGGUGUCUCUUCAAUGUUCUGAGGCUCCCUACUUGUCAAGUACCUCUUGGAUUAGACAAAAACGGAUUGCCUGUUGGAUUGCAAGUUGUAGCAGCUCCAUAUAACGAUCACUUAUGUCUGGCUGUAGCACAAGAGUUGGAGAAAGCAUUUGGAGGAUGGGUAUCGCCUUCUUAAACGCAAAAACGUUGCUGUACUCGCAGUUUUUUUUACCUUUUGUUAAACAUACGUAGUGAUAACUUCUGGUGAUGAUUAUUAUUAACCCUCAUCACUGCUUUUGGGUGCUUAUAGGUGAUUUGAAAACUUCCUUGUAAUGUGCGAUUAGCGCGUAUAUGCACACGAAGGAGUUCAGUUGUCAAACACUAUUAACGUAUUGUUGGUAUAAGGUCCUUAUUAUUUUAAUCGUUUGGAAGAUCAUACUGCGAUUACUGUAACCUUGUUGCUUCUAAUUUUCAACAAUCGUUAUCGCUGGCGAAAAAUUUUGCUGCUUGCAGCUCCAAUCGAAGUUAAUUAUCUACCGUUUGUUAUGCAUCUUACGUUGAAAUCUGCCGCAACGAUAGGGUUAAUAAUAUAACCAUAAUAUAGUACAUAUACAUAUUCACUAUUUUGAAUUUUUGAAUUUAUUUACCAACAUGC